UGUGCUGUUACCUUUCUAAAUGCCCUUCUCUCUCCCCCACCUCAGCUUCCCAUCAAGGUUAUGGAGGACAACUUUCCCCCUCGCACUUUUGAUCCUACAUAUCACUUCCAUGUCGUACUGCUGGAUCAGAGAAGCAGGCUUCGGGAGCACAUCAGGAGUCUCCGGGAGAUUUCGCGGAGAAUCAACAAACUGCACAGACGCUCUCUAAUCGCCAAUUUCACUGGGAGUUCGUUAAGCGCCACAGGUGCCAUCGUGGCCAUCGUGGGGCUGUCCCUGAGCCCUGCAACAUUAGGGGCAUCCCUUUUGGCUUCCGGGGUGGGCCUAGGAGUGGCGGCUGCAGGAGGGGCCGUCACGGUGACUUCCGACCUCUCCUUGGUCCUCUCUAAUUCCAGGGAGGUGAGGAAGGUCAAGGAGAUUGCAGUGAGCUGCCAUGAUCAGCUGAGGGAAAUCAUGCACUGCCUGGAAUUCUUGCACCGCAGUCAGGCUCCGACGGAUCCUAGGUUGCUGCCGGCUGAGAGAAACGCCUCCGCCACACUGUACAAUUCCAUCUGCUUCAUGGUGUUCUGCGGCUCCCGCAGCUUCCUGGUCCCCGAGCACAACGAAGAGGUGACCAAAGUGAGUCAUGCUGUGCUCAAGGCAAAAGUCCAGAAGCUGGCAGAAAGCCUAGAAGCCUGUGCAAGGCCCAUGGAUGAGAUCUGCGAACUUUUGGAGAACAGGAAAGAAUCCCCCCUGAAGACAAGAAGAAUAGCACUCUAGGAGGGUGUCCAGGGUCAAAACCACCCACAUCCUCCGAAAACAGGGGCCUAAAAGACCUCAAACACACUGUGUUAUUCCUAUUAGGAUUGUGCCAAAUCAGUUUUUUCUCCAGGCAUUUCUCAAUACUUGUAGCCAACACCCCUCAGGGGCUCGGUCUGUAUUGCUCUCCUGUUAUGUCUGUGCACAGCAAAUAGAAAUUGUAGCUACACAAGUGCUGGUCUAUGCUAUCAGCACAUUCCAAGGUCUGGUGUCUGCACAUGGCUGUCUCACAGCACAUCAUACCUUGCUUUUUUAGGGGGGUUGGGGGAGACUUCCACAUUUUUCGUUUGGUGCUAAAACACUGAACUCGGUGCAACUAAUGCUUCUGCAUGCAUGUACUCCAGCAUACUUCCCUCCCCC